UGCGGCUGCUGUGAGAUACAAGAAAAAGUACUGUACUACAUACCACGGAAAGGGAUACAUCUGGCCGUUCUAGAUAACUUCUAGUGUUACAGGUUUUGCUGAUACAUCAUGGAGCUCUUUGAGGAGCUGUCCGGAGUGGCUUCGAAGCUGGAAACCGUGGCACUGAACGGUUGUCUCGUAUCUGAAAUCCCAAAUGGGAAAAAGGACAAUUCUCUUACGGACAUUCUGAGGAUAAAACGGCAGAUGGCAAACCAGUGUUUUGAAAUGAAAGUCCAGAUCAGUGCAGGACAGGCUCAAAAAACUGGUGCACUGCAGGAGUCAGACAGAGAUAUGUCUGAAUUGGAAAGUGGCAUAGAAGGGGUAAAAAUAAAUCACUGCAACGGAACAUUGGCGGUACACAGAAUGCAAAUUUGGCAUGCCAUCAUAGAAAAACUGAAAAUGAAUGAUGGCGAAGCAGAGACAUUGAAAGCAUUGACCAGUCACAGUCUGGACUUAAGCAGAAGAAUAAUAAAACUUCAGAAGGACUCCUGUGAAAUCCAGGACCAGAUUUUCCAGCUGCAAAAACAGAGGCUGGACCUCAAAAGACUUAUUCAUGAGAAGAUGAAAGAGAUGGAGGAGCUGAAACGGGUUAGGGAACAUCCUGAAGAAGGGAAAUACAGCAAGGUCUUACAAAAAGGCCAGUCCAACCUGGAGAAAUAUCAGAAGAUGGCUACCAUCACACAGAAUGUCCUCCGGGGAACUAUUCUUGCCAGUAAAGUCAACUGGAGGGAGGACCCUAAACUAAGAAAAAUUGCAUUGGGUUUGGAAGAUAUCCCUAAUUCUGAGUGACAAAGGACUCCACUAAACAGACAACCACACUUGACAUCCAUGUUUCUGUACCUGUUUAAAUGUGUACCAUUCUGUCACAGCUGAUUGCAGCAUUUGUGAAUCUUAAGCAUUUAAAAUAUUUUUUUAUAUGUGCAGAUCAUUAUAUU